AUGUGGGACUCUUUGCUUUGCCUAGAGUUGCUUCUAGUUGCUUGUGCAUUGACCGAGCAACACCUUAGUCUUCUUCCAAGUAGUGUAGUGUCGAUGGUGCCGAAUGAUGACGGGGUGCCGAAGGCGUCGCUCUCGUCGGAUGAUGGCAGGGUGCCGAAGGGUGCCGAAGGCAACUCUCUUUGUCCAACAAUGACAGGGUGCCGAAGGCAUCGCUUGUCAGAUGAUGACGGGAUGCCGAAGGCAUCGCUCUCGUCUAAUGAUGACAGGGUGCCGAAGGCAUCGCUAUGUCAAAUGAUGACGGGGUGCCAAAGGCAUCGCUCUCGUCGGAUGAUGGCAGGGUGCCGAAGGCAUCUCUCUUGCCAAAUGAUGACAGGGUGCCGAAGGCAACGCUUGUCAGAUGAUGACGGGAUGCCGAAGGCAUCGCUAUGUCAAAUGAUGACAGGGUGCCGAAGGCAUCGCUCUCGUCGGAUGAUGGCAGGGUGCCGAAGGCAUCUCUCUUGUCAAAUGAUGACAGGGUGCCGAAGGCAACGCUUGUCAGAUGAUGACGGGAUGCCGAAGGCAUCGCUCUCGUCGGAUGAUGGCAGGGUGCCGAAGGUGAUGACGGGGUGCCGAAGGCGUCGCUCGCGUCAGAUGAUAGCAGGGUGCCGAAGGCGUCGCACUCGUCUAAUGAGAACAUGGUGCCGACGGCAUCGCUUUUGUCGAAUGAUGACAGGGUGCCGAAGGCAUCUCUCUUGUCAAAUGAUGACGGGGUGCCGAAGGUGUCGCUCGCGUCAAAUGAUAGCAGGGUGCCGAAGGCGUUAA